CCUGCGCCUUGCGGCCUGACGCCGAGAAUCUACGUCACAGUGAAGUAUGUGCUCCCAAGUGUAGAAAAUGGCUGCGCUGUCCGCUAACCCAGGUCGGCGAUGUAAAUACGGCCUGUGGAUCGGCCUAGGAGUGCUAAUCGCCAGAACCACCGGUGCUCUGGGAAUAACUUGUUACUGCGACGGUGACUGCCCGGACGAUCGUCAGAAUGGAACCUGCGAAGGCAGGCCAGGAGCAUAUUGCUACACUGCUGUCAAAGAAGUACAGGAUACCGAAACUGGCGAAUAUGUUCCAGAAUGGGCGUUUGGCUGCUUACCACCGGGCGAACAGGGCCUCAUUCAAUGUAAGGGUUACCUAGUGCCCCAUUUUCAACGAAAAGGCAUAUCCUGUUGCAACAACACUGACUUGUGUAAUAAGGACAUGUUUCCGAUGUACAAACCAAGACCAACAGCAGCACCAGAUCCUAUAGCUAUUGCUUCUGGGGCCCCGUUGAUUGUCCUAGCAGCUUCUCUCUCGGUUUGCCUAAUAGUUUUCUGCGUGGCUAUGGUGAUCAUAUAUCACCGUUAUCGCAGGAAGGAACGAGGCCCUUGUUUAGUACCAUCUCAAGGCACGCUAAAAGAUCUUAUAGAUCAGAGCAGUGGCUCAGGUUCGGGACUACCUCUUCUUGUGCAGAGAACUAUAGCGAAACAGUUGGCUCUAUCGCAGUGUGUCGGUAGAGGCCGCUAUGGAGAAGUCUGGCUUGCAAGAUGGAGAGGAGAAAAGGUCGCUGUUAAAAUUUUCUUCACCCUAGAAGAAGCAUCGUGGUUUCGCGAGACGGAGAUAUAUCAAACCGUCCUGAUGAGGCAUGACAACAUCCUAGGCUUCAUUGCAGCCGAUAUCAAAGGAACUGGGUCAUGGACUCAGAUGCUUUUAAUCACGGACUAUCACGAGAGGGGAUCCCUUCAUGACUAUUUACAAACUACGAUACUCGAUCAUCCAGGUCUCUUGGCCAUUUGUUUGUCAAUAGCUUCUGGAAUUGCUCAUUUACACACUGAGAUCUUCGGAACCCAUGGGAAACCAGCGAUAGCUCAUCGUGAUAUAAAGAGUCGGAACAUCCUGGUGAAACGGAAUGGCGAGUGCGCUAUAGCAGACUUCGGACUUGCAGUACGAUUUAUAAGCGAGAGCGGGGAAAUUGACAUAGCUCCAAAUACGAGAGUGGGCACACGACGUUACAUGGCUCCUGAAGUCUUGGAUGAGAGUUUGAAUAACUCGUCAUUCGACGCUUUCAAAAUGGCAGAUAUGUACUCCGUUGGUCUCGUCUUAUGGGAAGUAUGCAGACGAUGUGCAACAGGGGGCAAAGUGUCUACGGCUGAACCUUAUGCGCUCCCGUACCACGACGUUGUACCUAGUGAUCCUGAUUUCGAGGCUAUGAGACUAGCUGUUUGCGUCAAGAGGUUACGACCCGUAGUACCAGCAAGAUGGGAAAAUGAUCCGGUCCUUUUUGCUUUGAGCAAGCUAAUGACCGAGUGCUGGCACGGGAAUCCAGUGGUGCGUUUGACUGCACUCCGAGUCAAGAAGACUAUGUCCAAACUGCACAUUGACAAUGCCAUAAAGAUCGUGUAGUGCUCGAAAGGAAAACGGACCCUUCAAACUGUUAUUUUUCUUCUCUAGUUGAAAGAUACUUCCCCUGUAAAUACAUGCCCUGGUGUACAAAGAGUCCAUGACACAGACUGCAGCCUAAAGACUGAGUACUGAAAUUUAUAAAUACAUGGUGAGCGAAUGUGUGUGUAUGAAUCGAUGUGAUGAUGUCCAAUGAGAGCGACCAAUUGCCAGUGCGAAUGCGAAUAUAAGUAUGAGUGUAGUCUUGCGACUUUCAGUUUUUGUUUUGUUUUCGAGCGAGACGUUAUGACGAUGGGGUUGUCGUGAUUCUGAAAAAAAUCAUCUUUUGGCACUUUGUUACUUUUUAUAACCGGACUACAUACUGAAAUAACUUGAACAUAUUGCCACUCUGAUGAAAGACUUCGAUAGUUAAAUUUAAAAGAUUUCGAUGAGUAUUUGAAAAAUGCAAACAAUUGCCUUUCGGAUUACUCUUUCAGUUUUGGGUUCAUUGUUGCCAAACUGAUGUUAAAAUUAUUGUUAACCAUGCAGAAUGUGCGCUGAAAUACACUUUGAUAAAGAAUGUUUGUCAGAAUCCUUCAGAGUUCACUUAAAAGAAACUGUCAAUCUUUUUUAGUUGAUUUUAUACAAACUACGCGAAGGUCGUGACAAAAUAGUUAUUUCGGAUGCACGUAACGGUCACUUGAUUGGACCAAUUGAUCGAGGUUCAUAACGAAUUGCGACAUUAACAUUUUGUUAAUUAAAUAAUAGAAAGGCUACUACUUAGAAACGUGUACGAUACAUUGUGGGAAUGUCAUAUCCCAAAAUAUUCAAGCCUAACUAGAGGAUUUAAAUCAAACCCAGCAUGACUGUUUCGUUUCCUAUUUUUUUUUGAACGAAGUACAUAUUACAUAACAAAAAAUCGCCUACUUUUUCGUCUUAGAAAUUUAUAAACACGAAAAUUUAAAAGUUCAAAUAAACUUCUUUCCUUUUCCAUUAAACCAUGAUAUAACACAUGCUGGUUUUGCUUUUCAAUUCCUCGUAUCCCCAAAUACAAUUAUUGUUAAUUAAUUACAUUUUUUCGAGUAUAUUAAUAUUAUUUUUAUCAGGAAACUUGAAUUGUUGCAGGAUGUUCACGGAUUUACAUAGUUUAUAGAAUACAGUGCUAUAUAGAUGCUUGUAAGUUUGGAACGAAUAGAAGAGAGAAUGUUUCUACGAUUAUUAUGAAAUAUCUACACAUUUGAAUGACAUUGAUAAGGCUAGUGUAAAAUAAAUUUCUUACAUAUUCGGUACUGCUGAAAAUUUAACAAUACCGAUAAAUAUUACUUACUGUUCAGCUCCAAAUUAAUCAUAAAAUUAACCCUUAACCGUGAAUGAGAAUUUCUCUCUCUCUCUCUCUCUCUCUCUCUCUCUCUCUCUCUCUCUCUCUCUCUCUUUCUUUCUUUCUCUGCAGAGGGGAUGGUCAGCUGUAUGCUGAGCCAAGUUUCCCACUCUAGUACCGGUAGCACGGCUGAGUACGAAUUUGUGGCGUUACAAUUUUUCCAUUUAUUUCAGGCACUAUAAGCAACUCUGUAUAUUACAUAGUACAGUAUAUAAUUUAUGUUUCUAAUCUGUAUAGAUGAGAGAUAUCGAUUUGGUAUUAAUUUGAUACCUAAAAAUGAUUUUAUAAAAUCGAUCGACAGUUUAAACCAAUACAUUUCACAAUAUCGUGAAAAUAUUCGACAAUAUCGCAAACAAAUACUAAGUCUCUAUUCUUUAAAAUAUAGGACAUAUUAAUAGUAAUAUACAUAUAUGUACUUGUAUAUUCAUCAACUAGAAAUUCUUUGCACAAUCACUAUUUUUUAUGCAUGAAUCAGACGCAGCGCAAUAAUUUAUAUAUAUUUACACAUCAAUUAUAAAAGUAUUCCAAGAUGAAGGACUCUCGAUCGUUUUCCUAAAAUCGUUAUGUUAUAGCAUACAGUUUUCGAAUGUUACACAUCGAAAACUAUUGUUAAAUAUUAUCCUAAUUCUUUACUAGGAAAAUCAAUUGUAACUAUAUUAUUAUAAAGUGUACCUAAUGGCUAUUUGAUUGAAAAUAAUGAAAUUUAUAUUUUUAACGAG